AGAGGAUUUUUUUUUCUAUGCUGUGAAAUGUUUUUCAAACAAUCACAGUUAAAACUAGAUAGGUUGCGACUAGCGAAUUCCAAUUUCAAGUUUCUCUCUCUCAAAUAAUUCACUUGAACAGGACUACUAGUUGUGUUUAAACCAAGAGAGAAGAGAACGAAAAAUAAACACUCCUCUUAUCACUUUGAAGAUGGCUAAUUAAUUCUUGAUUUGUUUUUGUUUCCUUUUUGAUGAGAAAAAAGGGAGUUGAGAGUAGAUUAAACAAUUAUUCAUGAACCCUGAAAAGCGAAACACCCAUAGAGACAAAGAGAUAAUUUACAGACUCGAGUAGACAGAGAAAUGGGGUUUGGUUAGAGACGCGAAACAAAGAUAAAGAAUUGGGUUAUGGUUUUCUAGAGAGAGAGAGAGAGAGAGAGGGCAGAGAGGCACAUGGCAUGUGAGCAACAGCUGUGUCCACUCCCCACUUGAUAAAUACCCUUCUUACCGUCAGUACCAGGUCUUUUGAGUCUCUCAGCUUCCUUCCUUCCUUCCUUCACCCUUGAAGUAAAACCAAGCUCUCUCUGCACAAAAAAAAAACCAGAACUUGAAGCUCUCUACCUCUCUAAUGGCUGCUCUCAAACCCUAAAGACUCAACCUUUUUCUUUCUCUCUCAUGAACCCAUCGACAAAAAUGAAAGCCCACUUCCUUGCUUUGCUUCUCUCUCUUACCUUUCUCUCUCUACAAGCCUCACCACCACCUUUCCUUAGCUCAACAAACGAAGACACCCAAAACCUUAUCAACUUCAAGACCACCCUCUCUAACCCAUCUCUCCUUCAAAACUGGCUUCCUAACCAAAACCCUUGUACCUUCACUGGAGUUAAAUGCCAUGAAACCACUAACAGAGUCACCUCUAUUGGCCUCGCUAACAUUUCUUUAUCUUGUGAUUUUCACUCUGUGGCUACAUUUCUUUUGACUCUUGAGAGCUUAGAGAGCCUUUCUUUGAAAUCAGCCAACAUUUCUGGCUCUAUUUCUUUCCCUCCUGGAUCUAAGUGCAGCUCCGUUUUGAGCUACUUAGAUCUAUCUCAGAGUAGCCUCUCAGGUUCUGUCUCUGAUAUAGCCACUUUACGUUCUUGUCCAGCCUUGAAAUCCCUGGACCUUUCUGGCAACUCCAUUGAGUUUUCAGUGCAUGAAGAGAAAUCAAGUGGGCUAAGAGGGCUCAGCUUUAAGUUUCUUGAUCUUUCUUUCAAUAAGAUUGUAGGCUCAAACGCGGUGCCUUUUAUUUUAUCUGAAGGCUGCAAUGAGUUGAAGCACUUGGCUUUGAAGGGAAAUAAAUUGAGCGGAGAUAUUGAUUUUUCAAGUUGCAAGAAUCUCCAGUAUCUUGAUGUCUCUGCAAACAAUUUCUCUUCGAGUGUUCCCUCGUUUGGUAAAUGUUUAGCUCUGGAGCAUCUUGAUAUCUCUGCCAAUAAGUUUUAUGGUGAUCUUGGUCAUGCUAUUGGUGCUUGUGUUAAGCUCAACUUCUUGAAUGUUUCAAGCAACAAGUUUUCAGGUUCAAUUCCAGUGCUUCCAACCGCGAGUUUGCAGUCUCUUUCACUUGGUGGAAACCUUUUUGAAGGGGGGAUUCCUUUGCAUCUAGUGGAUGCUUGUCCAGGUCUUUUUAUGCUUGAUCUUUCCUCAAAUAAUCUAACUGGUUCUGUCCCUAGUAGUCUUGGUUCUUGCACUUCAUUGGAAACUCUUCAUAUUUCUAUCAACAACUUCACUGGUGAAUUGCCUGUUGAUACUUUAUUGAAAAUGACAAGUCUGAAGAGGCUCGAUUUGGCAUAUAAUGCUUUUACUGGUGGUUUGCCUGAUUCUUUCUCACAGCACGCUAGUUUGGAGUCUUUAGAUCUGAGUUCUAAUAGUUUAUCUGGGCCAAUCCCUACUGGUUUGUGUCGAGGUCCAAGUAACAACUUGAAGGAGCUGUAUCUUCAAAACAAUAGGUUUACUGGGUCUGUUCCUGCUACCCUCAGUAACUGCUCUCAACUCACGGCACUCCAUUUGAGCUUCAAUUACCUCACUGGAACCAUCCCUUCGAGCUUGGGAUCGCUCUAUGAGCUUCGUGACUUGAACCUUUGGUUUAAUCAGCUCCAUGGAGAAAUCCCACCUGAGUUAAUGAACAUAGAAGCAUUGGAGACUCUGAUUCUGGACUUCAAUGAGUUGACAGGAGUGAUACCUUCAGGUAUAAGCAACUGCACCAACCUUAACUGGAUCUCAUUGUCUAACAAUCGGUUAAGUGGUGAGAUUCCAGCAUCGAUUGGCAAGCUUGGGAGUCUGGCAAUUCUCAAGCUGAGCAACAACUCCUUCUAUGGUAGAAUCCCACCAGAGCUUGGAGACUGUCGUAGCUUGAUUUGGUUGGAUCUUAAUUCCAAUUUCCUCAAUGGAACAAUCCCACCCGAGCUGUUCAAACAGUCUGGCAGCAUUGCUGUCAAUUUUAUCAGAGGAAAGAGGUACGUGUAUCUGAAGAAUGCAAAAAGCGAACAGUGUCACGGGGAGGGAAAUUUGCUUGAGUUUGCCGGAAUAAGAUGGGAGCAGCUGAACAGAAUCUCCAGCAGCCACCCCUGCAACUUUUCCAGAGUAUAUGGAGAGUACACCCAGCCCACAUUUAAUGAUAAUGGAUCGAUGAUCUUCCUUGAUCUUUCUUACAAUAUGUUGUCCGGCAGUAUUCCAGCAGCGAUUGGGAGUAUGUCAUACCUCUAUGUCUUGAUCUUGGGUCAUAAUAAUUUCUCUGGAAACAUUCCACAAGAGAUUGGAAAGUUGACUGGUCUUGACAUUCUUGACCUCUCCAACAAUAGGCUUGAAGGGAUAAUUCCUCCGUCGAUGACUGGCCUUUCAUUGCUUUCGGAGAUUGAUAUGUCCAACAAUCACCUCACUGGAAUGAUUCCUGAAGGGGGUCAGUUUGUAACAUUUUUAAAUCAUAGUUUCGUCAACAACUCAGGCCUCUGUGGAAUACCUCUUCCUCCAUGUGGGUCAGCUUCAGGAUCAAGCUCGAAUAUUGAGCAUCAGAAGUCUCAUAGGAGACUGGCAUCUCUGGCAGGGAGUGUGGCAAUGGGAUUGUUGUUCUCGCUUUUCUGCAUCUUUGGUUUGCUUAUUGUUGUUGUGGAAAUGAAGAAGAGGAAGAAAAAGAAGGAUUCAGCCCUUGAUGUCUAUAUAGACAGCCGCUCACACUCUGGCACCGCAAAUACUGCCUGGAAGCUGACUGGUCGUGAAGCAUUAAGCAUCAGCAUCGCCACAUUUGAGUCAAAGCCCCUGCGGAAUCUCACUUUUCCAGAUCUUCUUGAAGCAACAAAUGGCUUCCACAAUGAUAGCCUUAUAGGCUCUGGAGGUUUUGGUGAUGUGUACAAAGCAGAACUGAAAGAUGGAAGCAUUGUAGCCAUCAAGAAACUGAUACAUAUCAGUGGACAAGGAGAUAGAGAAUUCACUGCUGAAAUGGAGACCAUUGGCAAAAUCAAGCACCGGAACCUUGUUCCACUCCUUGGUUACUGCAAGGUAGGAGAAGAGCGAAUCUUGGUGUAUGAGUACAUGAAAUAUGGUAGUUUGGAAGAUGUUCUACAUAACCAAAAGAAAACUGGGAUCAGACUGAACUGGGCUGCAAGAAGAAAGAUUGCCAUCGGUGCUGCCAGAGGAUUAACUUUUCUUCACCAUAGUUGCAUCCCACUUAUCAUUCACAGGGACAUGAAAUCUAGCAAUGUCUUGCUUGAUGAGAACUUGGAGGCCAGAGUUUCCGAUUUUGGAAUGGCGAGGCUUAUGAGUACAAUGGACACUCAUUUGAGUGUUAGCACAUUAGCAGGCACACCUGGUUAUGUCCCGCCCGAAUACUACCAAAGCUUUAGGUGCUCCAUCAAAGGGGAUGUUUACAGUUUCGGUGUAGUCUUGCUUGAGUUGCUGACAGGAAAAAGGCCAACAGAUUCAUCUGAUUUUGGUGACAAUAAUCUUGUUGGGUGGGUGAAGCAGCAUGCCAAAUUGAGAAUAAGCGAUGUUUUUGAUCCAGUGCUCUUAAAAGAGGAUCCAAACCUUGAGAUGGAGCUCCUACAACAUUUGAAGGUAGCUUGUGCUUGUCUAGAUGAUCGGCCAUGGAGACGACCCACAAUGAUUCAAGUAAUGGCAACGUUUAAAGAAAUUCAAGCAGGGUCUGGCCUUGACUCACAAUCCACAACCGGCACCGAAGAUGGAGGUUUUAGUGCAGUUGAAAUGGUAGAGAUGAGCAUAAAAGAAGGGCCAGAGCUAAGCAAGCAGUAGGUAAACAAGUCUUGUCGAUUUUCCAUUGAGCUCUGAACACAGAAAGAAGAAAGAAGGUGAAGGUGGUGAUCAUAGAAAUGAUUCAUUCAACUCCAACAAAAUUUCCCACCUUCAUAAAAAUGGCGGCAUAAAACUGCCUGUCUGCCUGCAUGGCUUCUACCAUUUGAUGUAUGUAUCAUGUCUUAUAUCCUCCUAGCAAACUAUUGUGAUUUUAUACAUAAAACAAAGGUUGUUUAACUUGUUAAACAGGUGUAAAUAUACAGUCUCAUAUGUUGUUAUGCAGCUUUGGUUUUUUAGUUAA